AUGCUUCAUGGGACUAAUUUCAAGGAAUAUAAAAGGCACUUGCUUAUAAUGCUUGGUUGUAUGGAUAUAGAUCUUGCUCUAAGGAAAGAACAACUUGCACCUCUCAUUGCGGCAAGCACCCUUGAUGCUAAAAUGGAUGUUGAGAGGUGGGAUUGUUCAAACUGCAUGAGUCUAAUGGAUUAUGAGCACAACAUUCUAGAAGCCUUUAGGGGCACAGAAUCUGAAGAGAUUACUCAGGCCAAGGGUUUCCUUAACGAAAUUGAGAAACAUUUUUCCAAAAGCGAUAAAGUUGAGAUGAAAUCACUUCUGACUUGUUUGAUGUCUGUGAAGUACAAGGGUCAAGGAAACUUGAGGGACUACAUUAUGGAUAUGUUCCAUGUUACUUCAAGACUUAAGGCACAUAAGAUCGAGCUUUCUGAGGAAUUGUUUAUUCUUAUGGUUUUGGUAUCACUUCUUACAUAG